GUGAGAGAGAGGGGAGUUACAGAGAGAGAGAGAGAGAGAAAGGGAGGAAGUCCAAACAAGUUUGUUUUUAACGGACCUACCAGGCUGGGGCUGGGACAGGCGCCACACUGCAUCUGGAACAUUCAGACCGGGGGGGAAAGUUACACCGACGGGGGCAGUGGAGCGAGGGAGCUGCCCGUGUCCCGGAGAGACCACACCACAGCCAGGAGAGACCGGACAGAGAGGAGGGAGGGGUACAAGAGGGAUCAGCGCUCCACUUCAACUCAAACAAGGCUGCUACGUUUCUGCCCUGCCUCUGCCUUCUCUGCAUCCUCUCAGGGACGGUCUGCCCAGCUUCAAUCACGGAUUUAUGGACCAUCAACAGUCUGUUGUGAAAGUGUGUGCAAGGGGCUUCUUCCUCAGCGAGCAGCUCAAAUGCCUGCCAUGUAACUGCAAAGGCCAUGCAGACUACUGUGAAGACAUCACUGGCAUCUGCAUAGACUGUAGAGACCACAGUAUGGGGGAUUUCUGUGAAAUGUGCGAGGACGGCUACAUGCUGGUGGCCAGCCCAGACGGACACCACACUUGCCGGCCCUGCGCGUGCCCCCUCUCCAUCUCAUCCAACAACUUCGCAGUGCAUUGUGACAGAGGAGGCGCCAUCCUGCGGUGCAAGUGUCAAGAGGGCUACGCUGGGCAUUUCUGUGAGAGAUGUGCUCCAGGUUACUAUGGCAACCCCAUGGUCAUCGGCGACUCCUGCAAGCGGUGCGACUGCAACGGCAACUCCGACCCCAACCUGAUCUUCAACGAGUGCCAUAAUGUGACGGGCCACUGCCAGCACUGCUGGGCCAACACAGCCGGCGCCAACUGUGAGAGGUGCGCGCCGGGUUUCUUUGGCGAUGCCAUCAGUGCCAAGAACUGCAGAGAGUGCGAGUGUAAUAAGUGUGGAACGGCGUCAUGCGAUGACAGGACGGGGAUCUGUCACUGCAAGCCGGGCGUCACCGGCCGACUCUGUGACCAGUGCGAGGAGGGUCACUCAGGUUUCUCCAGCUGUCAAGGCUGUCGAAGGUGUGAAUGCGGGCUGGCUUCUCUUCGCCCCACCUGCCAUCCUCUCACACACAACUGCCAGUGCCGCCCUGGGGCCGGGGGCCGGUACUGUGAGCGUUGCCUCCCGGGCUACUGGGACUAUGGCCCUUCCGGCUGCCACAAGUGUGACUGUGAGAGCGGCCACUGUGACAUGCGUACCGGGGAGUGCCUGGCUGAGGCCGCAGUGGUCAACCUCUGCAAUAUCAGUUGCGAUGAGUGUAUUUGGCAUCUGAUCGGAGACCUGCAACUGUCCAACAAGACUCUGGACCAGUUGAGGGUCAGCGUGUUGAACGUUUCCACUGGGGCCGCUGCCAACGACAGACUCAAAUACUACAACUACACCGCUCAUCGGCUGCAGAGUCAGUUUUUGGGCUGGAGGAACAAGUCGUCAGUGAUGCGGACCCAGACCGAGGAGCUGGAGGCGGACACAGAGGCGAUUGUCUUGGACAUCGAGGAGAUGGGAGAAAUGGAGAACAUAGUGGUGUCUUUGGGGGAGAGAGUAGCCGAAGACUCGCUGCAGUGUUUAAACCUGGCCAGCCAGCUCAGCACCAACCUCACCACCCUCAACAUGGUCAUCGAAGAGAUGAUCCAUGAGUGGGAGCUGUAUAGCAUCCAGCAGGACGUGGACCCAGAGAUGGUGAGACGGAACAGACAGGCGGCCGAGGGAAUGGUGGCCUGGAUGAGGACUCUGGACCUCUCGCCACGAGAGCCCACCGCCACCGACGAGUCAACCGAGGCCCAUGACCUGUUGAGGCGUGUGCGUCAGCAGGAGAAGAAGCUGAUAAGCACCGUCGGCCGCGUGUCUUCCGUGAAGGAGAUCCUGUCUCGCUUCACCUCCAAGCUAGCCGACGCCCAGGGGCUUCUCCAGAGGGCAGCUGACCAUGUCCAGGAGACGGAGGACAGGAACAAGGCCAACAUCCUCAAAUACCAGAGGAAUGAGGCCAGGCAGCAGAGGUUGACCCAGGACCACGCGGCCGUCAAUGACACCCUGGAAAUGUCAGCUGGCAUCAUUUCUGAAACAGAGGCAAUGAUUGCCGAGGUGGACGCUUUGGUGCAGAAUGUGACUGAGUACCAUGCUGCUAUCGACGGUGCCGGCAAACGGCUGAUGGAGAAGACGGACCGCCUUUCCAUGGCUGACAGAGACCUGGUCCAGAGGGCCAGCGACCACACUGAUGAGCUGGAGAGACAAGCCAACCAGCUAGAUGAGGAUCUGAAAAGCAGCGAUGCCAAUGGCUUCGUGCAGAGGGCUAUAAGUGCGGCCAACGUCUACAACAACAUAGUGAAAUAUGUUGAUGACGCCAACAUCACAUCGCUGACCAACCUCAACUUAUCCCAGAGAGCCGAUGAUGCCAUUGAAGGGAUGGUCACACAGCUUGGAUACCUGACAACACAGAGCGACAAUGCUUUCAAGGAAUCUGUCUCACUACGUUCGGAGCAGAUUGAGGUAGAAGCCGAGGUGUUGGACAAGGUGAAGUACAUUGAGGAAACCAAAGAGAUAAUGGAGCAAAACACGAGGACACUGGCAGAGGUGGUGGCGGACAUCAGCAGUAUUCACAAGGACAGAACAUCAACGCGUCUGGAGUUCACCCAGGAGGUGGCGGAGGGGACUCUGAACCGCUCGGCGGAGGUCCUCCAGAACAUCACUCCCAUCAGCAACAAGGUGGAGCAGUGGGCCAACAACAUGAGAAACAAUGAGUACUCCACAACCGCCUACGAACGGGCCGUCAUCUCUGCCGGGGAAACAGUGGAUAACCUGAUGUUGCUGGUGCCGGAGCUCCUGGACAAGCUGAAAGUGGUCGAGGAGAAGAAGCCCGUCAACAAUGUGACCACCAACAUCAUGAGGAUCCGAGAGCUUAUAGCCCAGGCCAGGAGUGUAGCCAAGAAGGUCCAGGUUUCCAUGAAGUUCAAUGGUUAUUCAUCAGUGGAGGUUCAUCCUCACACCAACCUGGAAGAACUGAAGACGGUGACGUCAAUCAGCUUGUUUAUCAGAGUGGACCCAGACACGGACCACAUCGAGGACCGCUUCAUCCUCUAUCUUGGCAGCAGAAACGGUAAGAAGGAUUACAUGGGUCUGGCCAUCAAGAAUGACAACCUGGUGUACAUUUACAACCUUGGAGGCGAAGACGUCGAGAUCCCUCUGGGCUCCAAGCCUGUCAGUCAGUGGCCGCCGGUGUUCAACUACGUCAAAGUCGAGAGGCUGGGCAGGCAUGGGAAGAUCUUCCUGACCGUACCGAGUCAGAGCUCCACAGACGAGCAGAAGUUCAUCCAGAAAGGAGUGGCCUUGGGCACCGACUCACUGUUCGACAUCGACCCGAAAGAUAUAGUCUUCUUUGUGGGUGGCGUCCCCAGGGAUGUCAAGCUUCCGCCGCCCCUGAGUCUCGCUCCUUUCGUGGGAUGCAUCGAGUUGGCGUCAUUGAACAAUGACGUCAUCAGCCUGUACAAUUUCAAACAGACCAUCGAAAUGGAUGUGGUAACGUCAAGACCUUGUCCCAGGUACAAGUUGGCGUUCUCACAGAGUCGUAUUGCCAGCUACCUGUUUGAUGGAACAGGCUAUGGGCUCAUCCAGAACAUAGAGAGGAGGGGCAAGUUUGGCGUCGUCACGAGAUUCGACAUUGCUGUACGCACAGUAAUGAACAACGGUGUCCUUUUCCUCAUGGUCAACGGGGAAAAAUUCUUCCUGCUAGAAUUAAAGAACGGCUUCCUACGCCUCAUGUAUGACUUCGGCUUCAGCAGUGGGCCAAUACGCAUGGAGAGCGACCUACCCAAACUGCAGAUCAAUGACGCAAGAUACCAUGAGGUGUCAGUGAUCUACCAUCAGUCAAAGAAAGUUAUCCUACUGGUGGACAAAAGCCAUGUGAAAUCUAUGGAGAAUGAGAAAACCAUACUGCCGUUUACCGACAUCUACAUUGGUGGAGCUCCAUCCCAUAUCCUCAGCUCCAGGCCUGAGUUGUCAUCUGUGGUGGGUCUAAAAGGCUGCAUUAAGGGAUUCCAGUUCCAGAAGAAAGACUUCAACCUGCUGGAGGAGCCGGGAACCAUUGGCAUCAGCAGCGGCUGUCCUGAGGAGUCCUUUAUGUCCCGCAAAGCCCUCUUCACUGGAGAGGGCUACCUGGGAUCCACAGCCAAGAUUUUGCCCUUCGACAGCUUCGAGGGAGGGCUCAACUUCAGGACGCAGCAGCCCAGCGGACUCCUGUUCUACCACAAAGAAGGGUCAAACGAAUUCAGUAUUUCCCUGGAAAAUGGAAUGGUGGUGCUGAACUCCAAAGGAACCAAAGUCAAGUCUCACAAGAAACAAUACAACGAUGGACAGAAUCACUUCCUGGUCGCUUCAGUCAACAACCAGAAGUACGAGCUGGUGGUGGAUGACAAAGACAGGCAUGAAAAGAAACGUCCAUCGUCUGCCAGGUCAUCAUCAGGAUCCGCUCUAAAGAGCUUCUACUUCGGAGGAUCUCCAAACAGUAGCUUCAAAAACCUCACUGGCUGUAUCAGCUAUGCCUACAUCAACAGACAAGACAGGGACAUCGAGCCAGAGGACUUCCAGAAGUACACAGAGAAGGUCAAGACGUCCCUGCAGGAGUGCCCUGUAGAGCGCCCCCCCGCUGGCCUGCAGUCAAAGCACAGGGCAAACAUUUCCACACCCAAACAGAGUCAGUCAAGGAAGGUGGGCAGAAAUGAGCCCAGCCUCCCUCUAGGCCUCAUGGGACUGAAGCGUGAUGACCGAGAGCCAUCAGGGGAAGACUUUACUCCCUGCUACCUGCCCUCCAGACCCCGAGCCACCCGUCAAGCCCACCGCUACGGCGGCACCGCCAGCAGUAGGCAGGAGUACACAGACCUACCAGAAUCCUUUGCCGAGAGGUCGCACUUCUCCCUGUCUCUGAAGACUCAGGCAUCCUUUGGCCUCAUCUUUUAUGUAUCUGACGAAGAGGAAGAAAACUUCAUGGCUCUCUUCCUGGCCCACGGGAAGCUGAUAUACACCUUCAACGUGGCUAGCCACAGGGUCAAAAUCAUGAGCCAUGAGAAAUAUAACGACGGCGCUUGGCACAAUGUUAUUUUUAUCCGUGAUGGGAACAUGGGUCGAUUAAUAAUUGAUGGGCUGACAGUGCUUGAAGACAGAGCCCAGGGAGGCAACCUUUCCUGGCAUGUCAGCAGGCCUCUCUAUGUGGGAGGGGUUCCUCCAGGGAAGGCCCAGAAAAAUAUUCAGAUUAACUCCGUCUACAGCUUCACCGGCUGUAUGAGGAACCUGCAGCUUGAUGGGCAAUGGCUGUCGUCUGUCGCACAGACAUUUGGGGUCACUCCGUGCUUCGAGGGCCCCUCAGAGCUGGGGACUUACUUCUCAGAGGAGGGAGGAUACGUCCUUCUGGAUGAAACGUUUAACUUGGACCUAAGGUUUGAGCUGACAGUGGAGGUGCGCCCCCGUGUGGCAUCAGGGGUGCUACUGCACGUACCUAUGGCAGAGGAGGAGUACCUCACUGUGUACUUAUAUCAAGGAGUGGUGGUGGUCCUUGUGAACAGUGGGGUACGUGAGUUCUUCACGCAAGUCUCUCCACGGCAAGGCCUGUGCUCUGGGGACUGGCACAGAAUUACAGUGAUCCGAGACGCCAACGUCGUCCAGCUGGAUGUGGACUCAGAAGUUAACCACGCGGUAGGACCCCUGAGCCUCAGAUCCACAGAAACCAGAGCCCCUGUGUUUGUUGGUGGAGCUCCAGACUCCUUCCUCCCAGGGGGCAUUGCCACCAAGAAGGCCUAUGUCGGGUGCAUGAGGAAUCUGACAAUCAAUGACAGCCAAGUGAGUUUUAACAAAGCUGCUCUGGUCUGGGGGGCGGUCAGCAUCGGGACCUGUCCGGCGGCGUGACCCACCUGUCAGCUGGAUUUAUCACGCCCAGCUUCACAGCACUGACCAAACACUGUCUCUGUCCCUCAGUGUUUCCCUUGACAUAACCACGGAAAAAAAAACAUUGUUCUUUUCAUUACUUCUCUAUGUUUGUAAUUCAUUUGAGCAUUGAUUUUUUACAUGAAAAUUUUUUUGAGAACGCCACCAAAUUCUAUUCAGUAAAAUUUGUCCCCCCUAAUUGGAAAACUACAUCAAAAAAGGACCCCCCCCCCCGACCCAUUAUUAACAGUAAGAUGUUGUGAACCCCUGUCAAGUUGAGGUUCAUCUCUGAGGGGACUGAUAAUGUAUCCCUGAUGCUUGUGGUCCUCUUUUGUUUUCAUAUUAUUCAUGAACUUUACUUUCACUCAAAAAGACGGACAUUGAAUCAAAGAGACGUUUCGUGUAUGAGCAAAUCUGCUUCCGGUCAAAGCUUUCUCUGUUCCAAAAACACACGUUUUAAUCUCGAUGGCACAUUUUUUUGUACAAGUCUGUCCAUAAAGUUUUUUGUUGUUGUUUUAUUAUUUUUUACUGCUUUUUCUGAUGAAUAAAUAAUCUUUUACACCUUG